ACAUCAGCUAAAGCUUAUUUUUAGUGAACGGGGUCAGGAGUAAAGCAGGUCAUGACGCCGCCGUACGUUGGACCCAAAGUGUAACAUGCGCAGACACUGAGUCCAGUUUAAGGUUUCAAUUAUACACAACCUGCUGACGUAGAAACGCAGUAAUGAGAAAUGUUACCUAUAUUUCAAGAUAGCCGCUUGGAUAUUUUUCAAUGGAGGCGACAUAAUAGCCGAAGGCAGCCUAACUUCAGGGUUGUCGAAACAAAAUGAUAAAAAACUGGGGUGUCAUUGGUGGUAUAGCUGCUGCAGUUGUAGCUGGAGUAUAUGUUCUGUGGGGCCCAAUUACAGAUAGAAAGAAGAGAAAGAGAGGUAUGGUUCCUGGUUUGUUGAACUUAGGCAACACCUGUUUCCUGAACUCUUUGCUUCAGGGUUUGGCAGCAUGUCCGUCCUUCAUCAAGUGGCUGGAGAAGUUUUCAGGAUCGCCUACAAUCCGGUCCUGCAAAGACAACCAGCUGGCCACGACACUGCUUCAGCUUCUCAAUGGUCUGUCCAGCGACGAGCCUGGGGAAGAAGAUGUACUCGAUGCCGGGUGUCUCCUGGAUGUUCUCAGACUGUAUCGGUGGCACAUCAGUUCAUUUGAAGAGCAGGAUGCACAUGAACUUUUUCAUGUCCUUACAUCUUCUUUGGAGGAGGAGCAGGAUCGUCAACCAAAAGUCGCUCCCUUGUUUGACAUGCAGUCACUCGAGAGCAUCCCUGAUCAAGAUGAGAAAACUAUGACCUGCAGAAGUCGAGCCCCUCUUCAUCCAAUACCAAGUCCUUGGAAGUCUCAGCAUCCUUUUCAUGGUCGUUUAACAAGCAAUAUGUCAUGCAAGCGCUGCGAACAACAAAGUCCUGUGCGAUAUGACUCAUUUGAGAGCCUCUCCCUGUCCAUCCCUUUACCUCAGUGGGGUCGACCUAUCUCUCUAGAUCAGUGUCUUCAGUACUUCAUCUCCUCAGAAAGCAUCAAAGAAGUGGAGUGUGAGAACUGCACCAAGCUUCAACAAGGGACCACAGUAAAUGGGCAAGAUCUGGUGAGCCAGAGGACAACUUUUGUUAAACAGCUAAAGCUGGGAAAGCUCCCCCAGUGUCUCUGCAUCCAUUUACAAAGACUGACGUGGUCCAGUGAAGGAACUCCCAUCAAAAGACAGGAGCAUGUGCAGUUCACAGAGUAUCUCUCGAUUGACCGCUACAAACACUAUGCUUCCACACACAGAAGCCAGCGGAUCAAAUGUGCCCUGAACCCCAUAAAGGCAGAACAUUCCGAUGAUUCCACGGGAACGCCCUCCGCUAAUGGCACUGAAGCUGAGCAUCGUAACAACAACAACAAACCUUUUUCCAACGGAACAUGUUCGUCUAGACUUCUUCAGUCUCCUGGUGUGAACCCACAGCUCGGCCUCACAUAUGACUUCAGCUACAGGAGCCACUACAGCGGGGUUAAAGAGCCACAGGUUGCAGACCCCUGGUAUAUGACAUCUGAUCAUGGUGUCUUUCUUUCCAGAUCUACAGAGUACCUUUUCCAGCUCACGGCUGUGCUGGUUCACCACGGUGACAUGCACUCGGGACAUUUCGUCACGUACCGCCGAAGCCCUCCCUCACCACGCACAUCUUCACCCAUCAGCUCCCAGUGGCUUUGGGUGUCAGACGACUCGGUACGAAAAGCAAGCCUGCACGAGGUGCUGUCUUCCAACGCCUACAUGCUCUUCUACGAGAGAGUACAAAGACUGAACCUCGCGCUGCGCUCGGAGGAGUAGCACCUCACGACCUGACUGACUUCUGCCUUUCCAGUCAAACUGUCACAGCUGUAUGUGCCAGUUACAAAGCGGUUACCAACAGGUGGAUUAUGACUUUGUGACAAUGAGACCAGAGAGGGAAGCCAUCCUAGAGUUACUGUAGAGAUCAUUGUGCAUCAUGGAUCACAGCAGCAUUGCAACAGUGGAAAAUAAUAAAACAAGAUCUACAAUAUUCAGGCAAUAGGCUAUUUUAUUUAAUAAGGUAUAUAUCAAAAAGAAAAUACUGACACACACACACACACACACACAGACAGGGUGCAUAAUUGUUUUUUUUGUCCACCUGCAAAUGGACUAGUGAAUGUCCACAUCUAACCAGCCACUUAAUGAAUUACCUUUUUUUGUUUUCUUUUGUUUAAAAUAGCAAAUCUAUCAUAUUUUACUAUCAACCCUGGUUUUGAUAUUAAAUCCAUGAGUGCACACUUUGCCUGCUGCUCUGAUCCAGAGUAGGAGGCUCUCAAUCCCAAAGAUUAUGGACCUGCAGGAUUUUUUGUCAAAUAUUUUUGAUCAUGCAAACUACUUUUGCUUGUGUAAAAACUUCUGUCAUGCAAGAUGUGGCUUCUAUGGGACAAAAAAACAGCCUCUUAAAUUAAAACUAACUCUGGCAUUUUUACGAUGCUGUAGUUUUUCCUGUUGUUUUGUCCGCUGCCUGUACAUUACAGACGCGGAAGUAGCUGAUUAGGAGUUCUUGGUGAUGUUACUUAAAAGUUGUUGCAUAUUAUGAUGUCAAAUAGGUAGAAUUUUCCCUAACUCUGGUUCUCUAUCGUCUAAUCUGCCUAAUCAUUCCCAGCAGUGUAUGUAAAACUAUUGGGAUUAAUGUUUCAAUGGACAUUGUUCAUAAGCAGUUGAAUUUGAUAUUUUUCUAUGUUUCCAAUAAUCCUUACACUGUCAUGAUUUGCAGAGUUGAGGUUAAAGUGCCAUGUUGUCUUUAAUGCUCGAGAGUGUUUACACAUGAAGCCAUGUGCGCUACAACUGAUGCAUCAGAGCCACUGGGCUUGGUGUUCAACAGAUUAUUAAUAAUUAUAUGCUCUCAGAUAAUAAAGCCACAGUAUGACUGCAAGUUAUCCUGAAUAUUUGUAAUUCUUUGUAGCUGCCAUUUUGCUCCUUCCAAACCAACUAAGUCAAAUCGAGAAAUGGCAAAACCCCUCAUUAAUGUUUGCGAUUUGCACUAAUGUAUAUUCAUGUGAGAUUGUGUGUAUUUGUGUGAAUCUGUAAAGGUGAUUGUUUUCAGGUAUUAAAAAAAAAAUAAAGCAAAGAUG